CAGAGAAAAAGGAGGAGAAAGCCUCCAAUUUGGUUUUGUCUGUCUACCGGCAGGUGGCGGCUAGUGGUCUGGUGGCCAUAUUGGUGGUCAUCGGAGCUGGCAUAGCCCUAUGGCAGCCGGGAACUCUCCGGAGCCACGUAAGUUCGUAGUCGUGGCCGACUCAACCCGGGAGUCAGCUGCCGCACUCCAGUAUGCCCUCUCCCAUGGGCUAACCGAUGAAGACGAGCUCAUCCUCCUCCAUAUUGAGAGUACGACCUCAUGGAGAAACACCUUUUCAAUCUCCACUCUCUUUAGAAGACACAGCUACCAUUAUAAUCAUAACAACCGUCGGCAUCACCACCACCACCACAUCUUUCACAGCCAACAUCAUCGACGCUGCCAUUGUCAUACCAGCUCCACGAGCAUAAGUGGAACCCAUGAAGGAGAGCCAUCAACUCGUGAGGAAGGGUUCAGUGGAGGGGAAGCCGAUUUCCUUGAGGAGAUGAAGAGCUUGUCUGAGGUGGCACAGCCAAAAGUUCGGGUGCGAAUACAAAAGGUGGGAAACAAGGAAGGGAAGGACAAGGCUUCGGUUAUCCUUCAUCAGAGCGAGUUGCUUGGGGCCGAUGUCCUUAUCAUAGGGCAGCGUCGGAGCCUUUCCACGGCCAUCUUAGGGAGAUCUGCAGAAGGGUCGACAAGAAAAAAAGACACUGCAGAAUACCUGAUCAAGCACAGCAAGUGCACCUGUGUUGGUGUCCAGAGGAAAGGCCAAAACGAAGGCUACCUUCUCAACACGAAGACUUGCAGAAACUUCUGGCUUCUCGCUUGAUCUACGUUCAUGCAACUUCAACUGAAAAUAUUUCAUUUAAUUGGCUAAAGCUUCAUAGAUGGAAUAUCUGUCAGUGAUUCCGUUGAAACAUUUUGCCAAAAGCAUUUUUCCGAGGGACGAAUUUCUAUCGGGAAAAGUUGUAUGCCAACUGGAUUUCGACAGACAUUUCCGACAGAAACCAGAGUUCCAGCAGACGUCCGUUUUUCAUCUAUCUUUUCUAUUCUUAGCACUAUCAAGAAUUGUAAAUAUAUUUGGAAGUGGUUGUUCCCGGUAAACAUUGAAA